GCGCGCACCGCAAUCAUCUAGAAUAUGCAGUCUAGUGUUUCCGUGGAAGAUGAGUUUUACUCUUUUUGGAAGUCUCUUGGACCCAAACCUCCUACAACUCUUCGAUGCUUCGAAAGAGGGGAAAUAAUGACUCUUCAUGAUUCGGAUGCUAUUCUUGUGGCUACGGAUUACUACAAAAACCCAUCUCUUAUAAAGCGAUUUUCCAAGGGGAAGUCAUGCUUGUCAUACGUCACUGUCAAAAAACAAAACACUGACUUUUUGCGACAUUUCCUCCUAAAGCGACAAUAUCGCAUUGAAAUUUAUUGUUCCACUACCAAAUAUGGGCGAGACAAUGAAUGGAGCCUUAAGUUAAAGGCCUCUCCGGGGAAUUUAAGUGCAGUCGAAGAUCUUCUUACGACAACAUCAGAUUCAGUUGAAGCUUGUGGACUGAGUGCAGUAAAUAUAAAGCAGCUAAAUGAACAAGUACAUGUGAGCCUGGCUUUUUGUGACACCGAAAGUGGGAAGUUUCUUGUUGGUGAAUUUGUUGACUCGGUGCAUUUAGCGAACUUGGAAACUGCUCUUGUUCAAUUAAAAACAAGGGAAUGUAUUGUUCCUGCUGGACUGGUUUCACAUACAGAUAAUUCGCGAUCUAACGUCACGCCUUUGGACAAUGCUAUUUCGGAGAACGUCAGUCUUAUUUUCGAAAGAACUGCAAUUUUGCCUACGGAGCUAAAAAAGUCUGAAUUCUCGCACAUUACCAAACCACAAGACUUGAGCUAUUUCCUGCGGUCUGAAAAAGAAAACGCAAACGGCUCCUUGCUUUACGAGAAAGAAUUUCUUCUCAAAGAUGCAAUAUCUUGUCUUGGUGCUAUAAUAAAAUUUUUAGAUCUACACGCUUCUGAUAUGAAUCGUCAUGCAUUCACUUUAGAAACUUUUAGUCUUGAAAAUCAUGUACGUCUAGAUAGUGCCGCUAGUCGGGCGUUGCAUUUAUUGCCUGGUCCAAAUGAUACCAACAAGUUUCAUAGUGUUUAUGGUGUACUGAAUAACUGUCGAACAGCUCAAGGUCAACGUCUUCUAGCCCAAUGGCUUCGACAACCUUUGAUAGACAAGUCGAAAAUUGAAGAACGUUUAGACUUGGUUGAAUCAUUCGUAGAAGAAACUGGGAUACGUCGAGGAUUACAUGAAGAUUUCUUACGUCGUAUCCCUGAUCUACAACGCUUAGGUCGACGUCUUCAGAAAGUCAAAGGAUCGGGUCUUCAGGAUGUCUAUCGUAUAUAUCAGGCUAUUUUACGCUUACCAUAUGCUGUUUCUUUAUUGAAUCAGUAUACUGGUUCAAAAAAACCAACUGUUUACGAGUGUCUCAUAACUCCUUUACAAGAAGCCAUGGAUAACUUUACUCUAUUUAAAGAUCUGGUGGAAUCCAAUAUAGAUUUGGAUUACGUUAACCAACGUAAUGAGUUUAUUAUACGAGCAGACAAAGAUCCGUUGCUUCAAGAAAUAAAGAAUAAAUUAGACAAUUUGGAAGAAAGUAUUCGAGAUGAGUUUAGACGUUGCGCAAAAAAGCUGAACUUGGAACAGAGCAAAUCUAUCAAAUUGGAGAGUAAUGAACUACAUGGAUAUUUUAUGCGUGUCACACUCAAGGAUGAGAAAUGUUUAAGAGAAUUUAAAACAUUUGAAAUUUUGGACACACAAAAAGGUGGUGUACGUUUUCGUAAUGAUAAAAUGACUUCAUUAAAUGAAACUUAUGCUGAUGUGAAACAAGAAUAUAACAGAUUACAAGAAGUAGUUGUACAUCAAGUUGUUUGUGCUGCAGCUACUUAUCUAGAACCUAUUAAUCAAUUGAAUGCAACUACUGCUCUCUUAGAUGUUAUUGUUAGUCUUGCAAUUGCUGCUGUUUCAUCAGCUGGUUUACCGUAUAUUCGUCCAAAAAUUCUCUCUGAAGAUUGUGGUCGUAUUAUUUUGAAAGAAGCCCGUCACCCAUGUUUGGAAAUGCAAGAUCGAGUCAGUGUUAUUCCAAAUGAUGUACAUCUGGAACGUGGCAAGCAAAUAUUUCUAACUAUUACUGGUCCAAAUAUGGGUGGCAAGUCAACUUAUAUACACAGUGUUGCUGUUAUUGUAGCUAUGGCUCAAAUUGGCAGCUUUGUACCUUGUUCAUAUGCAGAAAUUAUGCCAGUCGAUGCAAUUAUGGCACGUGUUGGUGCUGCUGACUAUCAAUGUCGUGGUGUAUCUACGUUUCUUGCUGAAAUGCUUGAAACGUCAGCUGUUUUACGGUCGGUCACAUCAAAUUCUCUUGUCAUUAUCGAUGAAUUAGGACGUGGCACAUCAACAUACGAUGGAUUCGGUUUAGCAUGGGCAGUUGCAUCAUUUCUAGCUAGUCCAGAAGUUGGUUGUUUCAGUUUAUUCGCUACACAUUUUCAUGAACUAACCAGUUUAGCAUAUCAUAUGCCUAAACGUGUUGCUAAUCUACGAGUUCUAUGCGAUGUGUCAAUUAAUGAGGAAAUAAGUGAAAAUAAAGAGUCUGCGGCAAAAGUUACAAUGUUGUAUAAAGUUGAACCAGGUGUAUGCAGUCGUAGCUACGGUCUAGAUGUUGCUCGUCUAGCAGGCCUACCUAAGGAAGUAAUUAAACAAGCUGAAUAUCAAGCGUCAAAAGAUGAAGAGCUUGAAUCGAUUUGGUUGAAAUUAGAUCAAGAAUACUCCAGGAAACAUGAAGAUGAAACAGAUUUUGUUUAUAAUUCUCCAGCUGUAUCAAUUGCCAAUGAACUGUGCCCGCGUCUUGUAGAAAUAUUAGAUCAUGUUAUAAAUGAAGCUGAAUUGGAUAAGAAUUUAUCGACUGAUAAGAUGAGUUCAACGAUUGCUCAUUUGACACGUGAACUUUUACUAGAGAAACCAAAUAAUUUACCAACUGAUUACUUAUUAAAUUUAGUCAAAAAUUAAACGGAUAAAUAACAAAACAAAAAUAAAACAGAUUUUUCACUAUUGAACAAUUAUUUUAUUAUUAUAAUUAUAACUAUUGAAAUUUUUUGUUGAACUUAUUCGGAGUAUAUAUUUCUCCAUGCCUUCUUUUUAUAUACGUUUCAAAACUAUCAAGAUUUCCGUACACAUUUUUUUCAUUCAAAGUUUUCUAUGUAUCUUAAAUACUGACUAGGC